ACGGCACCAAAAAAAAAAAAAAACUCAUAUUCAGGCAAUAUAAUGAAGAAGACCAUCAAGAACUCAACUCACAGUCCCGAGAAAAUACUUGUGCAUGCUGUGAAGAAGCAUAGAUCAGCUACUAAAGAUCUCAAGAAUGCUGUGAAACUCAAGAACCAGGAAAAAGAAGAUCACGUACGUGUAGAAGAAGAAACACCUCAUGAUGAUAUUGUUGAUGUUGAAGAUGAUGAUUGUAGUCAUGACCAUGUUGUUGAUGAUAAUGCUGAAGAUGAUGAGGAAAAUGAAAGAUGCUGUAAACGUGAGUUUGAUCAUGGAUACCAUCUAGUGAAAGGCCAAAUGGGUCAUAGCAUGGAAGACUACAUCGUAGCUGAUACCAAAACCGUUAAAGGUCACAAUAUUGGGUUAUACGCUAUAUUCGAUGGCCACUCAGGCCGUGAGGUUGCGGAUUAUCUGCAGAACCAUCUAUUUGAUAACAUCUUGAGUCAGCCGGAUUUUUGGAGAAACCCUAAGAAGGCAAUCAAGAGAGCAUAUAAGUCUACGGACGACUACAUUCUCCAUAACGUGGUAGGUCCACGAGGUGGCUCCACGGCUGUGACGGCUAUAUUGAUUGAUGGGAAGAAAAUUGUGGUUGCAAACGUUGGAGAUUCAAGAGCAAUCUUGUGUCGUGAAAGUGAUGUAGUCAAGCAAGUUACGGUUGAUCACGAACCUGACAAGGAGAGAGACAUUGUCGAGAGCAGAGGCGGCUUCGUCUACCAAGAACCAGGUAUCACAUGAAUGAGGGAGAAGAGAGCGUCACGGUUAGGUGAUGAUGGUGGGCAGUGGCGGAGUCAGAACUCAACUUUAGGGGGGUCAAAAUAUUUGUUUUCUUAAUCCUCAAGGCUUACACAUCAUAUGCUUCACUUGAAUGAGAGUGUUAAGAGAUAAGCUAAAAGGGUCUAUGUUCCACAGAACAGUUCCCUUUUUACUCAGCACACUUGUGCUAUAUCAUCAAUACAAAUAAAACUCAGUAUGCUACUGCUACCACCUGAAUUCUGAAGUAAUAAAACUUGCAUUUGUAUGUUAUCACUUAUCAGUUAUCACUGUCAUAAUAAAGAGUUUUCAGAAA